AGCACGCUAGGAAGAAAAAUCUUUUAAUUGAAUUUUCCGUAGGGACUUUUCCUUUUAUUAAUGGGGGACGCCGCUACCUAAUGUGGAUAUCUGAACUUCAACGGUAGAGCUACAAUGGUACUAGAGGAUUCUGCAGCAGCUGUUGUUGCAGCCGUCAUAGCCCUGUUGGUACUCGCUUAUCAUGUUAUGAAAAGUAUCAAUUUGGGCAAACCCCCUCACCCUCCCUCAUGGCCGAUAAUUGGGCAUCUCCAUCUCCUAAACAAGAAGAAGAUCCCACUCCACCAUAUACUAUACUCCCUCUCCCAGCGCUACGGACCAGUCAUGCAUCUACAACUUGGGUGGCGCCCAAUCUUGGUGGUGUCCACUUCAGAGAUGGCAAAACAAUGUCUCAAAACAAACGAUGCUGCGUUUGCCUCUCGGCCACGCAUGGCAGGAGGAGAGAUCAUGGGCUAUCACUUCAAAAUGCUGGGCUUCUCUCCCUACGGUGCCUACUGGAGAGACGCCAGGAAAGUUUCAAGGCUUCAGCUCUUCUCUGCUCAACGAAUCAACUCCUUCAAUCCCCUCCGCACAGAAGAAGUUUCAUCUCUCAUCUGUUCUCUUUUCAAGAGCUGUGAGAAAAAGGGCGAGAGGAGGGUAAACAUGAGCUCCAUGUUUGCUGAAUUGAUGUUCAAUAUCGUAGUGCGCAUGAUUGCCAGCAAGCGUUACUGUGGAAGCUUCUAUUCCGAGGCCUCUGAAGAAGCCCAGCACUUCAAAGACAUGAUCGCUGAUACUUUCUCCGUUUUGGGGGAGUUCAAUGUCGGCGAUUACCUGCCGUUUCUCAGAUGGCUUGAUUGGCAUGGCGUGGAAGCGCGCAUGAAAGAAGUGCAGAAGCGAAGAGAUAGUUUUAUGCAGACUUUGGUGAAUGACCAUCGUGAGAAGAAUGGGAGGACUGAUGAAUCACAAGUACAAGACCUUAUUGACGUGCUCAUCGAUGCCGUAGAUAACAAUCAAAUCGAUGAAUCCGAUGAUAGGGAUACCACCGUCAAAGCCAUAGCCAUUGCAAUGGUAACUGCAGGUACAGACACAUCCGCUGUUACGAUGGAGUGGGCACUGGCGUCACUGUUGCAGCACCCUGAGAUUCUUCGAAAAGCGCAGGAAGAGCUAGACAUUGAAAUUGGAAGGGAAAGACUAGUUGAUGAAUCAGAUCUGCCCAAGCUGAAAUACUUGGAGGCGAUUGUAAAAGAAACCUUUCGGCUGUAUCCGCCGGGGCCUCUUCUGGCUCCUCAUGAAUCCAUAGAGCCCUGUAGUGUUGGAGGAUGGCAUGUUCCAGUUGGGACACGGCUCAUUGUGAAUGUGUGGGCAAUACAGAGGGAUCCGGCCGUGUGGGAUCGACCCACUGAAUUUGAUCCUGAGCGGUUCUUGAAAAGUGGUGUAGAGAUUGAUGUGAAAGGACAGAACUUUGAACUAAUUCCGUUUGGUUCAGGAAGAAGAAUGUGCCCGGCCAUGUCUGUUGCACUGUUGUCGGUGACGUAUACAUUGGCCCGAAUGCUUCAGAGCUUCGAGUGGUGCAGUCCAGAGGGAACUGUUAUUGACAUGACUGAGGGAUUUGGAUUCACCAUGCCCAGAGCAUUUCCUGUCGAGGCCAUCGUCAAACCCCGCCUUCCUCCACAUCUCUACUGAAUACAUGAAUCUAUCUAGAUCCACCACAUAAGUGAUGAUAAAAUGAGUCUAUUUAAAGUGGUGAUAAGACGCCUAUGGUAUUUUCUCUAUAGAGAGCUUGUUUUCAACUCUCUCACUUUUCACGCAACUAUCAUUGCCAUCUCAUUAUUUUCACACAAUGAUUUGAAAUUGAAAUUUGAGCUUUUCA